CCUACGGAAGUUCCGGCUAACUUUCAUACAAGAAACAGAGAGUCUGACAUAACACCUGCAGCUAGCAGAGGCAGAGGUUCAUUUAAUUCCAGCACCCCCGUUGCAUUCUGGGAGAGUGGAUAGAGACUGAGCAGUGGAUCUUUUUUAGUAGUACGGCAAUUUCUGGCACCCGAAAUCUCAUGUCGAAAUAGCUAGUCUUCCGCUAUCGGUAGUAAUGGCGCUGACAUGGUUCGAACGGUUCCUGGCCUCGAUGCUGCGGGGAGCGGUCGGGAUGCUGUUUGCCGUCUUCCAGCUGCUCGCUCWGCGGCGGGGAGCGGACAGGUCGGUGAGGAGGCUCCCACCAAUCACCAACCCACUGUUGAAGGUCCCCGCGAUGCGGCUCGCCCGCAUGAUUCGACGGAGAGAGGUAACCAGUGUGGAGGUGGUACAGACCUACAUAGACCGCAUCCAAGAGAUUAACCCUCUCAUCAAUGCCAUGGUCAAGGACAGGUUUUCCUUGGCCCUGCAGGAGGCAGCCCAGGUGGAUAAGCUGAUCGAGGAGGAGACAGGAGGAGAGGAUGUUCUGGAGGACAGGCUUCCUCUACUGGGUGUCCCGUUCACUGUCAAAGAGGCCUUCUCUCUCCAGGGUAUGCCUAACUCCACAGGGCUGGUGUCACGGCGGGGGGUGAUUUCGGCAACGGACGCUCCCCCGGUGGCUCUGCUGAAGAGGGCAGGGGCCAUUCCUCUGGGGGUGACUAACUGUAGUGAGCUCUGCAUGUGGCUCGAGUCCCAUAACCACCUGUAUGGAAUCACCAACAACCCAUACGACCUGGACAGAAUACCAGGGGGAAGCUCCGGAGGGGAGGGCAGUAUUUUGGGCGGCGGUGGUUCCGUGAUAGGGGUUGGCUCAGAUGUUGGGGGCAGUAUUCGCAUCCCAGCAUUCUUCAACGGCAUCUUCGGCCACAAGCCAACAUCAGGUGAGGGCGUCCAGUCUGACACCUGUAGAUUUACGGUUCUUCUCUGUUCCUUCACGCACGAUGGAGGCUCUCCUCUGGUAUCUCCUGUCGACCAGCAGCUAGUCCUGGCUCAGAGGAGGGUGGUUCAGCGUCUGGAGGCAGACCUGGGGGUCAAAGUUCAGCAGCUGAAGAUUCCUCAGCUCAAAUACUCCUUCCAGAUCUGGAGUGCGAUGAUGGGAGCCCCGGGGAAGGAUGGAAAGCAGCCCACAUCGUUUGCAGAGCUGAUGUCUGACCAUGGGAAGAAGGUGUGGCCUCUAUGGGAGAUMGCUAAGUGGACUGUGGGACUCUCUAAGCACACCGUGGCUGCUCUAGGUCUGGUCCUGGUAGAGAUGUUCCAGAGGGCRCAGCCCACCCAGUUCAUCCUGCAGCAGAAGGAAUCUCUCCAGAAGGACCUGGAGGAACUGUUGGGGACAGACGGGGUGCUGCUCUACCCCUCUCACCCUCACCUCGCCCCCAAACACCACCAUCUCUUCACCCCCUUCAACUUCUCCUACACUGGUAUCUUUAACAUUCUGGGUCUUCCGGUGACCCAGUGUCCGUUGGGGCUGAGCGAGGAGGGUUUACCCUUGGGACUGCAGCUGGUAGUGGGGAAGCAGCAGGACCGUCUCUCCCUGGCCACCGCUGUGUUCCUGGAGAAGACCUUCGGAGGUUGGAGAGACCCGGGAGCAUGGCCACUGCCACCCGGCUAG